GUUAACAGGAAGCUAGCAACAUUAAUCGUCAACUCCGGAGCUAGGUGUAGGUCUCCCGUCCUGGUAUGGGACAGAUGUUAUUUUAAGGGUUAAGCGAAAUUACAGCGACAUGUUGAACCCGAAAGGACAAAAAGUGUGUUCAGCAGUGAGGAAAGCUGGCUGUUUUCUCGCUGUCUUGCUUGUCAUUGUUUUCGUUUUCUCUGUCAGCUCGGUUGCUCUUCCUGUCAGCGAGGCUCCUCAGAGCAGCAGCACAACAGAGGAACCGGAGACCUACAACACUUACUAUAAUUAUGUGGAGCUCACGCGCCGUCUGCAGUCUCUGGCCCGGAGAUAUCCACACAUCGCGCGUUUAAGCAGCAUCGGACGCUCGCUUGAGGGCAGGGAGUUAUGGGUGAUGAGGAUCACCAAGGAGCCUUUAACCGACAUGCCGGGCAAACCCAAAUUCAAAUACGUGGGCAACAUGCACGGGGACGAGACGAUCUCACGCCAGGUGUUGGUUUAUCUGAUCGAGUAUCUGCUGAGGAGCUACGGAGACAAUCAGCGGGUCACGGAGCUCAUCAACAGCACGGAUAUUUUUAUCAUGCCGAGCUUGAACCCAGACGGCUUUGAGAAGUCGGUGGAGGGAGACUGUGGUGGCCAAGCAGGCGGCAGAAACAACGCCAAAGACCUCGACCUUAACAGGAACUUUCCCGACCAGUUCACUCAGAUACACGUGGAUGAAGCUGAUAUCCCUGAAAACACAGCCAUGAUGAAGUGGAUCGUUGACAACAAGUUUGUCUUGUCUGGAAAUUUGCACGGUGGUACCGUAGUGGCCAGUUACCCGUUUGAUGACUCAGCCGGGCACGCCCCCACUGGCAUCUACAGCAGCUCACCCGACGACGCUCUCUUCCGCUACCUAGCACUAGUUUAUGCCAAAAAUCACCCGAUCAUGAAGACAGGGAAGCCCAACUGUGAUGGAGAACUUGACGAGACAUUCAAGGAUGGCAUCACUAAUGGUGCCCUUUGGUACGAUGUUCCAGGAGGAAUGCAGGACUACAAUUAUUUAAAAGGGAACUGCUUGGAAAUCACCAUGGAGCUGAGUUGCUGCAAGUAUCCUCUCGCUUCAGUGUUAGCAACAGAGUGGGAGAACAACCGAGAGUCUCUGCUGGCUUACAUGGAGCAGGUUCACAUUGGUGUGCGAGGUUUUGUCCGAGAAGCCAGAACUGGCGCUCCUCUUUCUGAUGCAGUUAUCUUGGUGGCAGGCAUUAACCACAACAUAACCACUGGUCACUUUGGUGACUAUUACAGACUGCUGCUGCCGGGAACCUACAAUAUCACAGCUGUAGCCUCUGGGUAUGUGCCAAUGACUGUGACUGGUGUGCAAGUACCUGAAGGCAAAGCUAGAGAACUCAACUUCACACUAGCACCCCCAAGUAAUGAGAGUGUGAGCCACACAACCACUUUGUCUACUACACCUUCUACCCCCCCUAUAACCAAUAGCAGCAACAGUCAUACCAGCUCCAGCAUGCCUAGUGACAAUACAGUGGUUACAGAUGUGUCUUCAACCAGCUCUGCGCCAGCGCCACAGCCGCAGCAACCUCAGGAGUUCCGCCAUCACCACAACAGCGACAUGGAGCUCUUCCUGCAGAGAUUCAGCACUAAGUAUCCCUCAAUCACACGUCUCUACUCCAUCGGCAAGUCCGUUCAGGGCCGUUUGCUUUGGGUCAUGGAGAUCUCUGAUAACCCGGGCAACCACGAGCAAGGUGAACCAGAGUUUAAAUAUAUUGCUAACAUGCACGGCAAUGAGGUGGUGGGACGCGAGCUGCUUCUAAACCUGAUCGAGUACCUGUGCCGUAACUAUGGCAGCGACCCUGAGGUCACGCAGCUUGUCAACAACACCCGCAUCCACAUCAUGCCCUCCAUGAACCCAGAUGGCUAUGAAAUUGCACAAGAGGGAGAUGUCAUUGGCUACCAGGGGCGUAAUAACAGCAACAACUACGACCUAAACCGCAAUUUUCCUGACCAGUUCCAAACCAUUACUGAUCCCAGACAGCCAGAGACCAUAGCAGUGAUGAACUGGGCUAAAAGCUACCCAUUUGUGCUGUCGGCUAACCUGCACGGAGGCUCUCUGGUGGUAAAUUACCCUUAUGACGAUAAUCCAGAGGGCUUCAGCAGAUAUAGCGGGUCUCCAGACGAUGCCACUUUUAAAAUGGUCGCCCUUGCUUACUCACGGGAAAAUCCACUCAUGUAUAAAGGGCACCCUUGUAAAGAUGUGAAAGAAUACCCAGACGAAUACUUUAAGGAUGGUAUUACUAAUGGAGCUGCUUGGUACAAUGUGCCUGGUGGUAUGCAGGACUGGAACUAUCUUAACACUAACUGCUUUGAGGUGACUAUAGAGCUGGGCUGUGUGAAGUAUCCUCCAGCGCAGGAGCUGCCACAGUAUUGGGAGCACAACCGGAGAUCUCUGCUGCAGUUUAUUCACCAGGUCCACAGAGGAGUGAAGGGGAUGGUGACUGACAGUAAGGAUGGGACUGGUAUCCCCAAUGCCACCAUCACUGUAGGAGGCAUUGACCACCCCAUCACCACCAACAGAGCUGGAGAUUACUGGCGUCUGCUUGUACCUGGAACAUACCACCUAACUGCCUCUGCUCAAGGCUACAAGUCUGUUGUCACGUACGCCACUGUGCCUGAUGGUGAUGCAGAGAUUGUGGAUUUUAAGCUAACUCGCAUACGGAGUGACACGAGCAGCCCUGCUGUCCACCCGGACUCCAGUGAGGAGGAGUUCCAGAGCUUCAUCAAGCAGCUCUCAGUGGGACCUGGACUGGACCAGCUCAUCCAGAACACGGCCACCACCAGCAGCUUCCGCUAUCGUGGCUACAAGGAGAUGUCCGAGUUCCUGCGAAGCCUCAACCUCAACUUCCCUAAGAUCACUUCUCUACGCAGCCUUGGUCAGAGUGUGGAGUUCAGAACCAUCUGGGCCCUGGAGAUCUCCAACACCCCUGAGGUGCCAGAGCCAUCCAAGCCCAAGAUCCGAUUUGUGGCUGGCAUCCAUGGCAAUGCUCCAGUGGGCACGGAGCUGCUGCUGGAGUUUGCUGCUUAUCUGUGUAUCAACUAUGGCAAGAAUGCCGCUAUUACCAGGUUAAUCAACGAGACAAGAAUCGUUAUCCUUCCUUCCAUUAACCCAGAUGGUCGUGAGCUCGCUAAAGAAAGAGAGUGCGCCUCCACUGUGGGUAUGAACAAUGCAAAUGGCAAAGACCUCGACACUGAUUUCUUUGGUAAUGCAUCCCAGCGCUCCACAGAAGCACAGCCUGAGACUCGUGCUGUGAUGGAGCUGAUACAGGAGAAGGGCUUCACUCUGUCAGUGGCUCUGGACGGAGGCUCUGUACUGGUGACCUACCCCUAUGACAAACCAGUUCAACCAGUUGAAAAUGAGAGUACCCUGAGGUAUUUGGCUACUGCGUAUGCCAACAACCAUCCCACAAUGCAUUUAGGAGACGCUGGAUGCCCAAGCAAUGGCCAGGUGGGAAACAUCCCUGAUGGAGUGUUGCGGGCAGCGGAGAAACACAGUCACAUGGGCAGCAUGAAGGACUUCAGUGUGGAAUUUGGUCAUUGUCCUGAGAUUACAGUAUACACCAGCUGUUGCCUGUUCCCCCCAGCUGAUCAGCUGCCCACCCUUUGGGCUGAGAACAGGAAGUCGUUGCUCAGCAUGCUGGUAGAGGUGCACAAAGGAGUUCGCGGAAUCGCAAAGGACAAGAGUGGCAAGCCCGUCGUGGGAGCGAUGAUCGUGCUGAACGGUGGUGUGCGAGUAUUCACCAGUGAGGGAGGAUACUUCCACGCCUUGCUGGCUCCAGGAUCACACAGCAUUGAAGCAGUAGCAGAGGGAUAUCAACAGCAGCGGCAGAAGGUGAUUGUCUCAUCAUAUGAGGCAGCAAGUUCCAUCGUUAUUGAGUUUGAUAUGGACAACCGCAUCUUCGGUUUACCGCGAGAGUUAGUGGUGGCAUCUGCAGCUGCAGCUAUGACGGCUCUGGCCAUCACCGCCUGCAUCAUCUGGUGCGUGUGCUCAGCCAAGUCCAACAGACAGAAGGACGGCUUUCACCGUCUGCGCCAGCACCGGGACGACUAUGAAGACGAGAUCCGGCUCACGUCCAUGGGCUCCAAGAAGUCCCUGCUGAGCCACGAGUUCCAGGACGAGAGUGAAAGCGAUGAAGAUACUCUGUACGCCAACAAACUCUGAUAUUUAACUCUCCUACAAUGUUCACAUCCUACUUUGCCACCCUACUGGAGUGUCUGAGAGAGACAGAAGACCAAAGUUUAACUGGUCUCUGUCCAAACCUGCAGGGGGUGCUCAACUCACAGGCCCGUCUGCACAGACUGCCAUGAAAUCCAUCCCAGGAUGCACUUUACUGGCCUAGUGAGAUGGUUGACUGUUUCACAUGUUAAUGUAUGCAACCUUACAAUCCGCUCUCAACCAAUAUGCUAUUUAUUUGAGGCUAAAUUAUGCUUGUUUAUAGUGUGGAAAUAUUCUGCACAACUCUUACAUUCAGUACAUCACUAACUCAGUUGCCCACAUGAACAAAAACUCAGCAGGAUUACUAAACACAGUGCCUUGUUUGAUUAGCCUGAGCCAUUGCUGCCUGUUGGCUAUCGCUGGGGUGUGAAGAUCAGUGUAAUGUGUGUAAGAUAAGUUCUCUUCUUGGAAGCACUCAGUAUGUGGGCUGUAAUCAGGAGUCUAAUUAUUAUUACUUUUUUGAUUCACAUUGUCCCACACAGUAUGUGACAAAGUAUGUACAUGAAUCAUCUUAGAGUAGAAGUGCUGCUUAUGAUUUCUAAUACUGAGAUCAAUUAUGGGUGAAUGUGAGCCUCAAUCAAAACCCCAGUGCUGAGAUUCUUUAGAAAAAAAUACUUUUUUUUUUUUUUUUUAAACAUUUCAUUGGCUAUACUUUUAUAGUGCUUUUCUACUGGACAGUGCAGUAUUCUGUAUGAUGCUACAUUUUGUCAUGGUUUUCAUUUCAAAGUUAGCUGUACUGUAACUGCAUACUUACCCUUCUUUUCAGAGAAGUAAGUGAAUCCAGCAGACAUGUGGGUGAAGUUUAAAGUCAUCCAGACCAGUGUUUGGUCAAACAAAAUUGUCACUCGAGUCAGAAAACCUGCUAAGAUUCAGGUGGCAGUAAUAGUUUACUGUUGUUUAUUUUAUUCAUACACCCGUGGUAACGAUGUCUUGUAGCAUGGUAUUUAGUGCACUAUUUGUACGGAAUAAAAUAUGACAGGGCUCACUUCCUGAAGUAUUUAUUCCUCUUAUACCAGCCACCAGUUUGCCAAAAAUUUCUUACUUUAUUAGUGAAUGACGUGUUGUGCAUUUUAACUGUUUAUUGUUCCAUUUAAUAUUGUGGAACAUCCACUACACAAGUUAUAAAAACUGUUCCUGUUAUCAUUUCUUUAUAGCAGCUAUAAACAGUUGUUCUUUCACCAGCCUCUCUUUUUUCCUCUCUCUUGAAGUUAGGACAAAACAAAACACAGCUUGUUGUGUUACAGCAAAACUGGAAAGUGCAAACUUCUUUAUCCUGAAGAUUUUCCUGUGGUGGAGUCUCCUUCCAUAAAUGUUAAAUCUUUCAGAAAGCUUCACUACAUUUUUAUCCAUAUUUACAUAUUUUUAUCAGUGGCUUAAUGGUUAGCACAGUUGCCUCAGACCUCUGGAGUUGGUGGUUCGAAUCUCGCCUCCGUCCUGUGUGUAUGGAGUUUGCAUGCUCUCCCUGUACUUUGGGGGGUUUCCUCCGGUUUCCUCCCCUAAUCCAAAGACGUGUGUUGUAGGCUGAUUGGCAUUUCCAGAUUGUCCGUAGUGUGUGAAUGGUUGUGUGCAGGGUGUCCUCCACUUUGUGACCCGAGUCUACUGGGAUAGGCUCCAGGUUACCUGCAACCCUCUGUAGGAUAAGCGGUACAGAGAUGGAUGGAUUAUGUAGAUUGUCUGCCAUACAAGUCUUUCUGUUUCCGCUAAGAUUAAAGUAUUGUGUCCGUUGGCUCCCUUAAUUCACGCAGUCUAACAAAUUGCUGUCUUCUGCCCAAUACGAGCCCAAUGAGGUAACCAAAUCCACUUUUUUCUCAUGACAAAGAGAAUCAGUUUGUAAAUUCUGAAGAGUGUAACACUCUAAGCCCGAUCCCACAACCUCCAGAGAAGUUCUCCUACUUUACCGUGUACUGUUAUGUGAAUUACUAACCACACUGUCCAGUGGAAAAACACUAUUAAAUAGCCAAGUUUCCUGAGUCCCUUGUCAGUUUGUUGAAUGUAGUUUCAUGCUGUAGUGUAAUAUUCAAUCACAGUGGUGUGAAUAUUUGGCUUGCCGAGUAAUUUUUUUCCCCAAGUAGAAUGUAGAAUGUGUUGGAUAUGUGUACAGAGAUACACUCAUUAAUAAACGAAACGUCAUCUGAAGGGUUUAUCAAGCCACAGCCAAGUAGUGUGUUGAUAACCUUUUAGUUCUCAGAUAAUCCAGAUGUUUUGAGAAUAAACGAGGAUAUAAACAUUUUCACAUUUCCAACAGUGACUUAAAUUAGCUUGCUCUCAAAAGCUGUUUGUUCUGAUUUGUCCUAAUUUCAGAUAUUUUUCACAGUAAAUCACUUGUUCAGUCUGCGUUUUUACCGGUGCUUGUGUGUAAAUUGAAUAUUUGAAAUCACUCAGAUUACACAUUGUUUAAAUUUACACCAUGACUGAGUAACAUGGUUUUCAUCAAACCAAAUGGUCACUUAGAAGUUUUUAUCCACCUGAAAGUGGCUUUGCACUGUCACUUACUGCCAGUUAACAUUCAGUGAUUAUAAAAUGCCAUUACAAUUCCAUGUUUCUACUGACUGCAGAUCUGAAUAAAUACAAAGCACAUGCAAAACAAUGGAUAUUAGCCAUGUAUCUCAGUGUUCAAGUGUUUAAGUAAUCAGGGUAACCUUCUUCCUUGAACUGCCUCCAUUCUUGUAAUUUAUAUAGUAUAGUGAUUAUUAGGAAAUAUCAAAGGGUGAACCUAAGAAAGAUGUAGAUUGCUUUUAGUUAAAAUUGACAAAAAAAUUUAUUUUGUCAUUUGGUGUUUCCACUGCUUUUGUCAAUCUUCUGCACUGUUCAUGAAUUAUUGAAUUGAAUGUGUAUUGAACAUAUCAAACCAGCUGAGCUGAUUGUGUGCUGAUGAAUACAGACACAUGCUUCAUCAUGCAUAUUUUCUCAUCAAACUCAUUUGAGGCUCAUUUCCUGUUGCUUUAGCACACUAAACUUUAAAAACAUCCUGUGUGUCACAUUUUUAUUUGCUAUUCAUUAACAAUAAAGUCUAAAUUGAUGGCUUGA